GGACGUGUAUUUCCAACCACAACCACACGCUUGAAUUCAUAACUCCCGAUUCGGGCAGGAGAACAAAUCGGCAAGGCCCAAUCUGAGAGGAGAGGACGUUCAGGCUCUCUCUUUCUAUCUCUCAUGGCAACGAAGCUCGCCUUCUUCGCUCCCUUGAGCGACCUUCUUCCCAUUGCCACUGACAAAUUUCCAAAAUCCCGUCGAAUUGUAAUCCCUAAAUUUCCUCAUCUCUUACCAAAUGGUGGUCCUGGUUACGACCGUUGCUCUAAUACGAGCAUUUUGAGCUUCGGAGGGGGAGUAGCAGGUGCAUCAUCACCAUCGCAUUCAUCGCUUAUUUGUCAUGCUAAUGCUCCUCCGAAAGAACUGGAUAUUCGAUCCACCGAGCGCUCUGAAUCUAUUCACCCUUCCUCCAAGCUCGUCCUUGUCGUUGGCGGCUCCGGUGGCGUCGGACAGUUAGUUGUAGCAUCAUUACUCAGCCGGAAUAUCAAGUCGCGGCUAUUACUACGAGACCCUGAGAAAGCAAUUACACUUUUUGGUAAGCAAGAUGAGGAAAAAUUACAGGUGUGGAAGGGGGACACUCGAAACCCAGAGGAUCUACAUCCUUCAAUGUUUGAGGGUGUCACACAUGUUAUUUGCUGUACGGGAACAACAGCCUUUCCAUCAAGGAGGUGGAAUGGAGAUAAUACACCAGAAAGAGUAGAUUGGGAAGGUGUAAGGAAUCUUGUAUCUGUUUUGCCUUCGUCGGUGAAAAGAAUUGUUCUUGUUUCAUCAGUAGGAGUAACCAAGUUCAACGAACUACCUUGGAGCAUCAUGAACCUUUUUGGUGUUCUCAAGUAUAAGAAGAUGGGGGAGGACGUUGUCUGCAGCUCUGGUUUUCCGUUUACCAUAAUCAGAGCUGGGAGAUUGACAGAUGGUCCAUACACAUCUUACGAUUUGAACACUUUGCUGAAAGCUACUGCUGGAGAAAGGCGUGCAGUCCUUGUAGCCCAAGGAGAUACGCUUGUGGGUGAAGUUAGCAGACUUGUAGUUGCUGAAGCAUGCAUACAGGCAUUGGACAUAGAAUGUACACAAGGCCAAAUCUAUGAAAUCAACUCGGUGAAGGGUGAGGGACCAGAAAGUGAUCCUCUGAAGUGGCAAGAGUUAUUCAAAGCUGCCCAACGUCAAAAUUGAAAAGUGGUCAUUCCUAUCUACGUUGGAAUGAUAGGGUUCAUAUACACGUGCCUGUAAAUAUGUUAUGCUUUAAUAUUUAAGCCCAUUAAACUUGUCUAUUAUUUGUGAAUUAAGUCAUAAUAUCUAAUUCUAUCCGUACAUGGAGCUCACGACACAUACAUUCACACACGCUUUGCAUAUGUGUAUAUACAUAUGUGCUGUUAUUUUGGA